GAAGCGUAAAGUCAAACGCAACAUUCCUAAAUCCUAACCACAAUCCGCAGAGUUACAGAGAGGAAGAGGAGAGCGGAGAGAAGGAUGGUAGAAAGAGCUGAAGACGAAGAGAAAUGGCUGGCCGCCGGGAUCGCCGGCCUUCAACAGAACGCCUUUUACAUGCAUCGCGCUCUGGACUCGAACAAUCUGAGGGACGCCCUCAAAUACUCGGCUCAGAUGCUUUCCGAGCUUCGUACUUCGAGGCUCUCCCCUCAUAAAUACUACGAACUAUACAUGCGAGCAUUUGAUGAAUUGAGGAAGCUGGAGAUGUUCUUCAAGGAAGAGGCAAGGCGCGGUUGCUCUAUUAUCGAUCUCUAUGAACUUGUGCAACAUGCAGGCAACAUAUUGCCUAGACUGUAUCUUCUCUGUACAGUUGGAUCUGUGUACAUCAAAUCUAAGGAGGCUCCUGCUAAGGAUGUUCUUAAGGAUCUUGUGGAAAUGUGCCGUGGCAUCCAACAUCCUGUACGUGGCCUCUUCCUAAGGAGUUACCUUUCUCAAGUCAGUAGGGAUAAACUACCUGAUAUUGGUUCUGAAUAUGAAGGGGGUGCUGACACUGUCAUGGAUGCUGUAGAGUUUUUACUCCAAAACUUCACAGAGAUGAACAAACUUUGGGUGCGGAUGCAACAUCAGGGACCUGCACGGGAAAAGGAGAAACGGGAAAAAGAACGGAGCGAGCUUCGUGAUCUUGUUGGGAAGAACCUGCAUGUCCUUGGCCAGCUAGAGGGUGUUGAUCUCGAUAUGUACAAAGAAACAGUCCUUCCCAGAGUUUUGGAGCAGGUUGUCAAUUGUAAAGAUGAGAUUGCCCAAUUUUAUUUGAUGGAUUGCAUAAUUCAAGUCUUUCCUGAUGAGUACCACUUGCAAACUCUUGAGACAUUAUUGGGGGCUUGCCCCCAGCUUCAGCCAUCAGUUGACAUCAAGACUGUGUUAUCACAAUUGAUGGAAAGGCUUUCAAAUUAUGCUGCUUCAAGUGCAGAAGUGUUACCUGAAUUUUUGCAAGUGGAAGCUUUUGCCAAGCUGAGUAAUGCCAUAUGGAAGGUCAUCGAAGCACAGGUUGACAUGCCUAUUUUUGGAGCUGUAACUCUAUAUUCAUCUCUUCUCACUUUUACUCUGCAUGUGCACCCUGAUCGGCUUGAUUAUGUGGAUCAAGUUCUGGGAGCAUGUGUUACGAAACUCUCCAGUGCUGGAAAACUUGAAGAUAGCAAAUCAACAAAACAGAUUGUUGCACUACUAAGUGCUCCAUUGGAGAAAUAUAAUGAUAUUGUGACUGUCCUGAAGCUUUCAAAUUAUCCCCGUGUCAUGGAAUAUCUUGACAACAGAACAAAUAAAGUGAUGGCAAUCGUUAUAAUUCAAAGCAUUAUGAAAAACAAAACGUGUAUUGCUACUGCUGAAAAGGUUGAGGCAUUGUUUGAAUUAAUAAAAGGGCUUAUCAAGGAUUUGGAUGGGGAUCUUCAUGAUGAGCUUGAUGAUGAGGAUUUCAAAGAAGAGCAGAAUUCUGUUGCACGUCUUAUCCAGAUGCUGUAUAGUGAUGAUCCAGAUGAGAUGUUACAGAUCAUAUGUGCUGUGAGGAAGCAUUUCCUGACUGGAGGACCACAACGUCUACCCUAUACCAUUCCCCCCCUUGUUUUUUCUUCUCUUAAGUUGAUCAGGAAACUGCAAGGUCAGGAUGAAAAUGUUGUUGGAGAAGAGGCAUCGGCUUCACCAAAGAAAAUUUUCCAGCUUUUAAAUCAGACCAUUGAGGCUUUGUCAGCUGUUCCAGCAUCUGAACUGGCACUGCGGUUGUACCUGCAAUGCGCAGAGGCUGCAAAUGAUUGUGAUUUGGAACCUGUUGCUUAUGAAUUUUUCACCCAAGCUUACAUAUUGUAUGAAGAAGAAAUUGCGGAUUCCAAAGCACAGGUGACUGCUCUACACCUAAUAGUAGGGACUCUUCAGAGGAUGCAUGUCUUUGGUGUUGAGAACAGGGAUACCUUAACACACAAGGCCACAGGGUAUUCUGCAAAGCUGUUAAAGAAGCCUGAUCAGUGCAGAGCCGUUUAUGCAUGCUCACAUCUCUUCUGGGUUGACGAUCAAGAUAGCAUCAGAGAUGGAGAGAGGGUCCUGCUCUGCCUGAAGCGUGCUUUAAGAAUUGCAAAUGCUGCUCAACAAAUGGCAAAUGUGACACGGGGAAGCAGUGGAUCUGCCACGCUCUUUGUUGAAAUUUUGAACAAGUACCUCUAUUUCUUUGAGAAGGGGAACCCACAAAUCACUAUUGCUGCAAUCCAGAGCCUGAUUGAAUUAAUUACAACUGAGAUUCAAAGUGACACUAUGUCACAGGAUCCUGCUGCAGAUGCAUUCUUUGCCAGCACGCUAAGGUACAUCCAGUUCCAGAAACAGAAAGGUGGUGCACUGGCUGAGAAGUAUGAGUCCAUUAAGGUGUGACUUGCUGAAUUUUAUCCCACAGAGGUACCUCUAUCAUGUAACAGCAGCAGACAAGGUAACAUUUUUCUUUCUUUGUUUCUUUUGGACUGAGGUUCAAAAUUGUAUUUUGUCCUUUUGACUCUUCCCUCACCAAGUGACAUUAGAUGGCUGCUAUUUCCUAGUGUAGGAAGUAGCAACCUAGUCCAAUGCAAUUUGGAUUAUCGUUAUUUUGUCAAAGGGAAACACAUUGUGCUUAGGGUUCUAUUAAUUCCAUUAUCACACAUAUAUUGCUUUGGAAAUUAAUGAUUAUUUUCAUCAUUAUAUAUAUUUUAAAUUUUUUGUU